AUUUUUAAUUUAUAAAUAUUAAUUAACAUCUCUUAAGAUUUUUACAAGUUUUUAUGAAACAUAUGGAAAUGUCUACACCAACUAUGAUAACAUCAGUUUGAUUGUCCAAACUCUAAACCCCAAACAAAGCGAUAUUCUUGGCGGAGAGCAAUCGGCAGUUUCUGCGAAGUGAAGAAGAGAGAUGUUGUUUCAGGUAGGGGGUCAAGGUACGCGGCCGACAUUCUUCGAGAUGGCAGCCGCUCAGCAGCUGCCGUCGAGCCUACGCGCCGCCCUUGCUUACUCCCUCGGUGUAUUUGCUUUGAGAAGACCCUUCAUUCAUAGAGUCUUGGAUUAUGAAGAUGAAUUUUUUGCUUUGCUUAUGCUUGUCCUUGAAACUCACAGUUUGCGUACAACAGAUGCUUCUUUUGCGGAAUCUUUAUAUGGCUUGCGGCGUAGAGGAGUUAAUAUGAAAUUUAGAAAGACCAAUUUGCUUGCAGAUUCUGGUGACAAACAUUACACCAGUUUACGUAAGCGUCAGAAAGUUCUCUCUGUUGCAUUUUUGGUUGUGUUACCAUAUCUGAAGUCAAGGCUUAAAUCUAUCUACGAUAAAGAAAGGGAAGCUUCUCUUCAGGCAAGUCUUUGGGGGGAUAGUGAUGAACAGUUUGACAACUACAUUGGUCGAGGCAAUAAUCCUUUUGGCUCAAGGAGCAGCUCAGAGAUCGAAGCAUCUACUAGAGACCGUUGGAUCGAGAUGUUGCGGAAGACUGUUGGUGUUUGUUACCCUUGGCUGCAUGCUGGAACUGAAGGAUUAUCAUUUGCUUACCAGCUGUUAUAUUUGUUGGAUGCAACUGGGUUCUACUCCCUAGGAUUACAUGCACUUGGCAUUCAUGUUUGUCGAGCAACUGGGCAGGAGUUGAUGGAUACGUCUUCUAGAAUUUCAAAAAUAAGAAGUCGCGAACGUGAGAGGCUUCGUGGGUCUCCUUGGUUAAAGGCAAUACAAGGUGGUUUGCUAAGCUGUGCAUAUGCCGUUCUUGACUAUGCUCAGACUGGUUUGAUUGCAGCUGUGUUUUUCUUCAAAAUGAUGGAAUGGUGGUACCAAUCUGCGGAAGAAAGAAUGUCUGCUCCGACUGUAUAUCCCCCUCCACCACCCCCUCCCGCUCCAAAGGUUGCAGAGGAGGGGAUUCCACUGCCCCCGGAUCGUACAAUAUGCCCGUUGUGUUUGCAGAAGCGUACAAAUCCAUCAGUACUGGCUGUUUCAGGAUUUGUUUUCUGCUAUACUUGUAUAUUCAAAUAUGCCAGUCAGUACAAGCGCUGUCCGAUCACAUUGAUGCCUUCAACUGUGGACCAAAUUAGGAGGCUAUUUCAUGAUGUUUAAUGCAUGGGCUUUUUGCACUUCGGAUGCUUUGCUGCGACUGCUUCAAUACUUACGGUUAAUAAAGUUGAAUUUUCACUGCAACUGUUGCAAAUUGGAGCACUUUGUACCAUUGGGUUUGUCCUAAGUAGUGCACACCUUUGAGAUCUUGCUCAAGUAAUCCUUAAGCUGCCUUGGUGUAUGAUCUCCUACAAAGACGUUAUUUGUUUAGUUCAUGCAGAACUCCACUAACGAGUUUCAGAUCCCAUUGUUUAGUUCGAUAUAACUUACAGAUUUUCCGUACUCUCUCCGAGAUAUUAGUUCAGUUGAGCUUUUACUCUGUGAUUGAAAACGAUUAAUUCUCCUUUAUGGAGUGUUAAAGAGCUAUUGUUGUGCAAUAAUUGUGGUGCGUGCAACACAGAAGGCAGCUGCCAGUUAGUGUUGAUUGAUUAUCUAGGAUUUCAUUAUUUUGUGUUGAAGGUA